AUGAUGAUGGAAAUGAUGUUUGAAAGCCCCAUGGGGAUGCCUCUGGGGCAUUACCGGAAGCCCUCCAGGGUGGAGACCGCCAAGCGCUUCUUGAGGGCGGUCAAACACACACGCGCGAUGGUCCACGGUGCUCCUUUUUGGUGGGAGUUGGAGAGCAGUUACGCCGCUGCGGGACAGGCAAGUCGAGUUCAGCUCGAUAGGGAAAAGGAUCGGGCAGCUGUCCGGGCAGCGAGCUCCAACCUGCGCCUGGGUUGA